UUUUUGUUUUGGAGCAACAUUUGAUUAUUUUUGCCAAACGAGCUUAAAGAACCAAAAGCCAAAAGCACGAAAUAUUAGCGAACGGCAGAAAGGAUUAGUCACACCCAUUAUUACCCAAGUGUUUAUACGUGUGUUUGCCGGUAAAAAAAAGAACUAAAAAAUAUAAAUAACAAUACAACGAACCCAACUCAACGAAGCAAAAUUCGAUAUAAAACAGGGUGCAGAAGAGAUUUCAGCGACCUUUUUUGGUUUUUUUUCUCUCUUACCUGCCACAUAUUUUGCGUUUGUCAUCCGGAGGAGCCACAGUGAUUAGUUCAUCUAUAGACAGUGGCAGCAAUCGGAGGAUAGCGAACGCAAGAGGCAAAUCCGUUCGCAUCUUUAUAAGCUGCGCGAAUUGCGUUUGAGAAAUCUUUAUAGACACGAACCGGACAAUCUAACGUUUGCGAUGUCGGAACCGAACGGUAAUACUCUAUCUGGCUAUGCUGGCAAGGAUCCGUUGGCCACCAGCCAUGGCGAUGCGCUGCUCGAUCAGAACUUUCAGAGUCUCAAGUCGAAGGAGGUGCGCGAUUCGAUGAGUCCAACGCAUGAGCUCAAAUUCCACUCGAUGAGUCUCACCCAACCGAAUAGCACCGGCUGGGAUGUUCAGACCUCGUCGGAGGUGAGCCCCGAUGGUCGUGCCUAUCGCACCGAAACUCUGGCCAAAACCGAUGGUGUUGAGAAGCUGAAUGGUGGCGGCAUUGCCGAGUUCAAGGGUCGCAACGAGCAGCGCUCGAGCGCCUCGCAUCAGGGCGACGAUAAGAACUACGUGAAGCAGGCGGCAGAGAGCUCCAAUACGCAUCUGCAGGAGAAGGUGGUCUUUGGCGAUGAGAGCAACGGUGGCCGUACCGAAAUGAAAAUGAGCUCCACGUCAUCCUCGUCGACGUCCAAGUUUGUCUCCUCCUCAACGGUUGAGUAUGGCGACGAUGAAGUCGCUCAGCCGCGCUAUCUGCUGGACAAUCAGAGCACAAAUCGCCAGCAGCGUGAGCCGAUGGAGCCACGGGAGCAGCGCGAAGUGCGCGAGCAGCGCGAUCGUGAGGAGCAGCGUGUGCAGGAGCAACGUUUCCAGGAGCAUAGACUGCACCAGCAACAGCAGCAGCAACAACAGCAGGAGCUGAAGGAGGAGCGUUUCUCCGAGAGCCGUGAGCAAUCGAAGAGCACGCGCAACGUGGAGACACAGCAGCAUUAUGAGGAGAACAAGCGCUAUGUGGAUAUGGAUAAGGCAUCGCCGGAAUACCAACGACAUGUGCAGCACCUGAUGUCACAGCCAGGUGAGAUCAUCUCCAAUACGGUUGAGUAUCCCAAGCCCAAUGUCAAAAUGAUUACCACGGUCAAGCGGCUGCCCGACGGCACAAUUGUCAAGAACAAGCGCUACGAAACCGAGCAGGUGUCCCCCACUGCGGACACAGUACGCCAGGCGCAGAUCCAGACCCAGACCCAGACCCAGACCCAGACCCAAACCCAUAAUCAGUCGCAACUGAACAAUCAGCGACGCGUACAGGAGACUCGCGAUGUGGUGGACAAUGCUGAGCCGCUGGUACGUCGUCCCUCCGAGACGGCCGAGGAGCUUGUCAAACAGGAGAGCUAUUCGACUGUAAAGAAAUCCAGUCGCCGCUACUCCACUGAGACCACAUCGGAGACCGUGCAGGAGUACGACGAUCGUGCACCGCAACAGCCCGGCCGUCCGGACGGUCUGCCGUCCGCAAGGUCAACGAAACCGAUACAGGAGUUCCCAAACCACCGUCCCAGCACGCCGAAUCGUCAGCCUUCGAGCGACUUCUCGACACACGGCUUCCCAUCGGUGCGCGGCAACAAGCCCACGCAAGAGUUUCCCGGCCAGCGACCCACAACCGAGGAGUAUGUGGUGGUAAAGUCUGAGAAGAGUCGCAACGUUAAGCAGACCAGCAGCACCACCUCGCAGCGCACCGUCGAAACGGAAUACGAGCCCAGCUGGGAGCAGCCACAGAGUCCCAGGCGUCCGACCAACGCUGAGGAUUUUAGCACACAUGGCUUCCCCUCGGUGCGCUCGGAUCAACCGGAUGCUGAGCUGCCGUCUAGCCCGAGUCGCCGACCGGAGCGCAUCAUUGAAACGCAGGUGGAGCGCGAGCGUCGUCCGCAGCAGCUGAAUGCUAGUCCGCGUCGCACACAGGAUUAUGGCAGUCAGACAAAGUCACCGACUCGCAAGCCCAACGCUGGCACACGCACACCCACUCGCAGCACCACUGAGACCACGACCACCACCAACACAGUGACGCGUCGCCAGCUGCAGAAGGAGCGCGAGGUGGAUGCAGCACAUCGUGCAUUUGCCGCCUCCUUGCGCAGCAGCUCGCCGGCCGAAAGCGUUGGCUCGACGGGCUCCCAUCAUCAUGGGCAUCCGCAUACACGUCGUGACAGUGGCCAGACGCCGGAGCCACAUCCGCAGCGUCAAACGCCGCGCUGGAGCGUCUCGUCGAGCGGCACCAGUCGACGUGCCGGACGCGAAGGCUCACACGAUAGCCAUGCGCCGUCCGAGUCGAGUCGCAUUAGCUCCACCACAGUCACACGACAUGUGGGCGUGCCCAAGACAAUUGCCAAGACAACUGUAAACAAGCAGCAGCAGCAGCAGCAGCAAACUGUCGUCAAGACACGCAGUGUGCAGGGCUCUAAUGAAACGAUUGAUCUAACGCCGCAGCGCUUGCCCAAAUCUCCGACAACGAAAUCAACAACAACGACAACAACAACCACAACAACAACGAUUGGCAAUAAGCCAGCUGGCACACCAACAAAGCCAGCAACACCAACAACUCCAACAGCUCCAGCAGCUCCAGCAGCUGCAACAACUGUUCCAGCUAGCGAGCCGUCCGCUGUGUCAGAUAACCAAUCACAGUAUACGUAUGCUACUACUAAGCCAGCCGAUAUAUUCUCUUUGCCACCUACCAAUCCUACAACACCUACUAUUAACAACAACAACAACAACAACAACAACGAAACUACAACAACAACAACAACCACAACACUAACAACCAAGAACAACCAGUACAAACCCUCUACCGAUGAAUUGUUAACAAAAACCAAGCUGAGCUCAAAUGAGGCAACAACAACCACAGCAACAACAGCGCCAACAAGCAGCGCCGUGCACGAACCACCCUGUGUGCGUCGCAAUUACUACAAGCUGGGCCCAGCCGAUACGACAAACGAAACAGCAGAACAAGCGGCCAACAUAGCCAAGGCGGUAACAAGUACUGAAACCGUUGCAGCAGCCAUGCCAAGCAAGCGAAGCCCCUAUGCAGCCAGACCCAGCAUCCCGGAUGAUGAUGACGCCGAUGACGACGAUGAUGUGCCAACUGUGGCUAGGCGUAGCUCCAAGUCGCCAGGCAACGAACGACGUCCACUGCAGCGAGAGACCACAUUUGAGACGGAUGUGGAGCGUGCCUAUUCGCCGGAACGCCUCACUCGCAUCGACGAUCAAAUUGUUAUCGAUGAGAGCAGCUUGGAGGUCAGGCAGCGCCCAAUGAAAGGUAGCGAUAAGCCCAGGGAGAUACCGGCCACGUUUCCGUCGAGGCCCAAAGAAUCGCCUCGUCAGAGUCCCGAGAAACAGUUGCCCUCGAAAAUGAAGCAGGCGCCGCGCGCCCUUAGCCCCGAGAAGCAACCAGCUACUCGGCCACGUUCGGUUAGUCCCGAAAAGCAGCUGCCCAAAGAACCGCAGCCUCAGAGCUCUGGCACCCAGCUGCCAGCUUCAUUACCGUCUAAGCCAACGUCUCGCCCCACUAGCCCCGAAAAGCAAAUGCCAAGUGGUGUUCCUGCUGCUAGACCCAAAGACUCGACGCGUUCGAGUCCCGACAAUCAAUUACCCUCUGCGGUGGCAAGGGACUCGCGUCCCGACCAUCAGUUACCAGAAACUGUACAUAAGGAGUCUCCUCGUCAGAGUCCAAAGGAAACACCUCGCUUCGGUAGCCCCGAAAAGCCUAAAGGCAAUGAGCCCACUGACAAGUCGCGUCAAUCUCCUGAUAGACAAUUGCCCGGCUCAGCUCCACUUAAGCCGCAGCCCAGUAAUGGAAAACCGACCCCCGACGUUACGCAGCAACCCACACAGUUCCUAGAGAAUGAGUUCUUCCGAAGCACUGUGACCCAACGAGUUACCAAUACAACGAAAAAUUUAAAUGACGAAUUUAUAACAAACGAACGUCAACACCAACCGCACAAGCCAGAGAGUAAGCCAGCGGAAAACCCUGAGCCAAGGCCCCAAGACAAAGAUAUGAUCGAUAGACCUAGCUAUAAACCAGCUACGCGGGACUCUCCCGAAAGACCUGAUGGGGGCUUCAUCUCAAAGAGUCCCGAGCCGGAGGAAGACCAGAAGCCCACCUACCGCAAGAAGGGCCUGACUCGUCGUGAGACCUUUGAAGAUCGUUGUCGCAAGAUCUUGGGCAUGGAAGAGGAUGGUGACACGCAGGGCAACUUCGUGCCAAAGCCCGACGUUGAUGAUGAUGAUGAUGAUGGCACAGACGAACAGGAAACAGAAACCGUCGUCAAGAAGACAGAGACUUUUGAGUUCAAGAUCGAAGACUGUCCCGAUGAUGAUGAUGAAGAUGACAAGCCCAGGCGUGUCCCUGAAACAUAUGUCAUACGCCCCCAGCCUGUCAUCAAGGUCGAGGAGCCGUUAUCAGAGCCCGAGACACUGAAUAUCACAGAGACUGAGAGAACAGAAACCGUGAUUAGCACUGAGAAGAAUAUCGGCAAGCAGAAACCUAAGCCUGUGGAUGUAGACGCACCACGUACGACCGGAGGCCAUAAGCCAAAGGAUGUGAUCGAGCCUGUUGGACAGCCAGACCAUAAGAAGCCGCAGAGCUCAAGUCCUAAAGAUGAUGCUGAGUUCAUUGACGUGGAGGAAGAGACUACUACAAUAACAACGAAGCGUUCAUCGAAGUCUCCCAAAGGUCCACUGCCCAAGGAGGAGGUAGAGACACGUCCAAAGGGUGGCAAACAGCCCAAGGAUGAAAAACCACAACGUCCAUCAUCGACCAGAGUCUCCAAGGACGAGACAGAGCUUAUAAACAUAGAUGAAGAGACAACAACAAUCGAGACAAAGCAUUCAACCAAGUCUCGCAAAGCGCCUUUGCCUCGCUCAGAGGACGAGGAAGAGCCAAAAGCGAAAGCUGGUAAACAGCCUAAGCCACGUCCUACACCAGGUAGAAGGCCCAAGGAUGAUGCCGAGUACAUAAAUGUAGAGCAAGAAACGACUACAGUCACAACUCGUCAAGAGCCUUUGCCUGAUACAGAGGACGAGGAUGAGCCACGUCCAAGAGUCAAGGACGAUGCGGAGUUGAUCAAUUUCGAAGAAGAAACAACAACUAUCACAACGAAGCGUAGUUCAAAGACACCCACUGCCAAGACUCGGUCUCCCACACGUAAAGAGCCCCUGCCUUAUCCAGAGGAUAACCAGCCGAAGACUAAGGCACCCACAGAUGAAUUUAAGCCACGUUCGACACCAACUUAUUAUUCCAAGGACGUUGACUUCAUCAAAGUAAGCGAUGAUACGACCAUAAUUAUGACUAAGCGUCCUGUCAAGUCAACAUCGCCCACUCGUCGAGAGUAUUCGCCCUAUCCAGAUGAUACACCUGCCACUAAGCAGCCAACGGCUGACAGGAAAUCACAGCCCACAGCUGGUAAGACGUAUAGGGAUGACGGCUCUCCAAGACGACCCAAGGAUGACAAAGAGCCGCGCUCUGCGGCCGGCAAACAGCCCAAGCAACCCAAGGAUGAUGCAGAGUAUAUAAGUGAAAAGACAACUGUGGUGAUAACAAAACGUCCUUCCCAGUCGCCAUCACCCACACGCAAGGAGCCUUUGCCACAAACGGAGACAAAGCAUUUUGUGACCGAAAAGAUUAUCGAUUGCAAUGGCAAAGCUGUCUUGGAGAAGAUCAGCAAAGCUCAACGACCCACUGGACCCGCUGCGGGACCCAAGACCAAGAAGCAACCCUACGAUAGCGAGCCAGAGGAAGCAAAGCCGAAGCAGCCCGACUCCAGGAAAUCCUCGACCACUAAAAUCGAAACAGAGCGACGCAAUUCGCGCACCACUAAGACCAGCACCACUAGCACCACCAACAAACCGGCCGUGAAGGAAGCCCAGCCCAAGGCUGUCAAGAGUCCACGGAAGGAGUCGCUACCAAGCCGCGAGUCUGCCAAGCGAGACAGCCUGGUGGAGGAAACACGCACCACAACAAGCACAACUAUUCGCAAGGAUAGAAAGCCCAGUGAUGCCAACAGCUCGCCAAGUAUUAAGGAUCGUUUACGUUCAUCGCCACGCAAACAGAAACCCCAAGCGGACGACGUGGACGGAGAGUCCUCCUCGCCGGAUACGAGCCCCACGCGUAUUCCCAGCGAGCGUCGUCGCUCGAGCAACAUUUCAGUGCACACUGAGAUCAUCAUAGAUCAUGCAGCGCCCAAGACGCCGUCACCCAAAACCGAGCGCAAAGUGACGCCCAAAGUUGUGGCAAGUCCAAUACGCAAGCUGCCGGUGACGGAGCGCAAGGAAUCGGCGCCAGUGCCGCGCGUUACGCGCCGCGACAAGGACAAGGUGACUCGCUCCACUAGCGAGAACGUGAUUAAGGUGGUCAAUGGCAAGCCUAAGCCGACGCAGCCGGAGAUGAGCAGCCUGAAUCCAAGCUCCGCUCAGAGACCUAACAACGAUCGUAAUCGUCCCAGCAAAUGCUUCACCACACGCACCAUCAAUCUCAGCGAGCAGUUGAUCAACAGCGAGGACAUGGAGAAUGUCAUAAUCGAUAUACAGCAUGCGAAGAGCUCCAGGGAACCAUCGCCGGAUCGCAUUGUGCCGACUCCGGUGCCUGCUGAGCUGGAGACGGGCAAGCCGCGUUAUCCGGAUACUGUUCAGGAGCCGGACGAUGAGCCGCGCAAGAAACCGAUCGUCACCAACAUACCCAUCUUUGAGGAGGAAGCCAAUGCCUAUGUGGGCUGCCAGAUAUCCGAGUUGCGUAAUCCGAACGGCAUCGAGGCGGACAUCCACGACAAUCCCACUGUGGAGGCGCCAAAAAGUCUCGACUAUACAACCAGCAAUCCAAGUAAUGGACAGCCUGGCAUCGACGUGGACGAAUGCCUACUGAGUGUGCACGAGAAGGUGUCAAAGUUCACGCACACCGCCGAGCAGGUGAAACAGCCCAAAACCUCGACUCCCUUUAGCCGGCAGUUCGAUGAGCAUGCCAAGGUCUCGGCCAGCGAUGAAUGUUUGCUGAGCAUUGAUGAGAAGGUUGAUCGCUUUCUGAAGACGGCCGAGAACAUAACCAAACAGCCAUUGACCACGCCCACGCGCGAGAUUGAACGCCCCAACUUUGAGGACAUCGAUGAGGAGCUGCGUCAGGACGACUGCACGUUGAGCGUUUCGCAGAAGGUGCACAAGUUCAUUGAUACCGCCGAGAAGUUGGCGCCGAGUGCACCACAAAAGUCGCCUCGGCUGGUGGCUAACAUCGAGCGUCACAUCUCACGCCAGAGCGAGCCGGAACUCGAUCAGGAAUCGGAGCCGGAGCAGCCCUCAGAUGCGGAGCCAGAGGAGCCGUUGGAGUCGAACGAUGAGCUAUUGCCGAUGUCAAAGCAUCAUACCACAGCCAUUGAGCUGAAGCGCCAAAAGGACAUUCUCAGUCGUCCCUCUGUCUUCAAUCAACGUAAGCCAGCCACGCCCAACGGCAACAGCAAACCACGCGGCACGUCAAGUCCAAGCACAACGCUCAUAGCGGAGGAGCGUAGAUCGUAUCGCAGUCAGAAUGCUCCAACCUCGAGUCCGGGCGCACGUUCACCAACACGCAGCACCGCUGCACCACGCAAGCCCUCAUUGGAGCAACCACGUGGUAAGCCCAGCGACACAGAGCGUAGCACCACCAGCACCACCAAGCGAAGGGAGCAUAUAACGCAGCAGCAGUGGGUGAUCAGUGAUGUGGAUGUGGAUGUAGAAGAGGUGGGCCCCGCCCCGGCUACCCACAGCACCAGUCCACAGCCGACAACGGCAGGCAGACGCCCAACUACCAGCAGCACCACUAACAUAACGAAGCCAACUCCACGCAGUUCCACUACACCCCGCAAACCGUCGUUGGAGUCGCCGCGCAACAAGCCUAACAGCGAUUAUCCUAAGGAGACAGAGACAGGCACACGUCGCACCACCAGCACCACUAGCACCAGAACCACUACCAAGCGCGGCGAGCAGUGGUUGCAUAGCGACCUGGAUGUGGAUGUCGAAGAAUACGAGCCAGUCAGUCCCAAAGCAACAUCACCAGGCAGACGCACCACCCCUAACACCAGCACCACCAACAUAACGAAGCCAACUCCGCGCAGCUCUACUGCACCACGCAAGCCUUCAUUGGAGUCGCCGCGCAACAAGCCGAACAGCGAUUAUCCCAAGGAAACGGAGACAGGCACACGUCGCACCACCAGCACCACUAGCACCAGAACCACUACCAAACGUGGCGAGCAGUGGUUGCAUAGCGACUUGGAUGUGGAUGUCGAAGAAUACGAGCCGAUCAGUCCACAGGCAGGAUCGCCAAGCAGGCGCACCACCACGACCACGACAAAGACAACCACACGCAACACUGCUGCACCACGCAAGCCCUCGCCUGAGUUGCCGCGCUCCAAGCCAAGCCCUACCAAUGAUUACACUACAGAGACCGAGACAGAUACGCGUUGCACCACCAGCACCACCAAGCGUGGUGAAGAGUGGUUGCCGAGUGAUGUGGAUGAACUCAACCACAGUCCCAGGCAUAGCCACAGUGGCAGUCCACGUCAAAUGUCGCCACAACGACGCACCGCCACCACCACCAAGCCCGACAGCACCACCAAUUCGAAAUCCACCGUAGUUAAAGCGAGCACUGAGCACAGCACCACCAAGCAUACAACAACAACAACAAAUCGAACACAUAGUCCAACUAACCAAGCUCCCCUUGCCAGCUCCCCUGACACUGAACCACACGUUGAACCACUUUUAGACCGCAGCCGUCCCAGCCAUCAAACAUCGCCCGGACGCACCGUCGCCUCACGUCGCAACAUCUUUGAGAAGCAUUCCCCCAGCCCCACCAAUACCAGCGCUACGGAGCCCAGCGGACGUCGCCCCUCCUACAUGGAUCACACGAAGAGCUCCCUGGAGCACAUUCGUCGCGAUUCGCUGGAGAUAAAUAAGACGCAUUACUCCCGUAAGUCCUCAGUGGAGGAUGAGACAAUGCUCGAGCCGCGCAAUCCAAAUGCGGCCGUUAAAUUUGAUGUGCCCAAACGCAGCUCACGGCCCGAGGUGGUGCGCACCAGCAACUCCGAGGAGCUGGAAAUUGAGGAGAUCUUUGACCUGCAGACGCUGGAGCAGCUGCUGGAGACGGUGAGCAGCUAUGAGCUGCGUCGACGUAUACGCGCCCAGAUACGUUUGAUUAAGAAGAACAUGAUCAAUGCGAACGGCAGCAGCAGCACCACCACCACCACAACCACUAUAACUACCAAGAGCAGGCAGCCAGAGCAGCUGCUGCCCAGAAGUCAAAGCUCGACGCCCAGUCGCAGCCCAAUGCCCGUGCGACGCCUGCCGGAGCAACCACGCGAACGUAGCCAGAGUCCGGAGCUGAAGAGCAACACCACCACCAGCACCACAACCACAAGUCGUCGUACCGAGCAGUUGGACAGUGGCAAGCCACCGGUGAAACCGCGUGAGCGCAGUGCAAGCCCUGCUCAAACGCGUCGUCGCAGCCCGACGGGCAAGUCCACAACCACAACUACAACCACCACGCGCACCACCAAGCAAGGUAAACUCAAUCCGAACGAGAAGCCAAGCCCCAUUUGGGCAGAUCGUAGCAAGGUGCUGCGAGCCUCUGGCUCUGCCUCACCCACGCCACGGAAGGGCUCCAACACGAGCACCACCAGCAGCAGCAGCAGAAUGAUGCGCAGCAGCAACACCACCAGUAGCAGCACCACCACAACCAGCAGCAGCAGCAAGCGACGUGAGGAGGACUCGAUCACGUCCAGCUAUGGCGUCGGCCCAACCGAUGAGAAUGGGCUGCCCCUCUUUGGCAUUAGGGCGCUCAAGAAGAAGACACAGCCGCCGAUGGAGCCAUGUGAGACAAAGCAAGAAGUCACAGGCUAUGUCAUCGAGGAGCAGUUCUAUUCGGACGACAAGUCGCCGCCACGUCAUGAACGCAAGGAGCUCAUCUAUUCGAGCAAUCCCGAUGAGUUGGUAACGCUACAGCAGCAGCUGGACACCAGCCAGUCGAAUGGACAGACCAAGCUGGAGCGCGAGGUGAAGCUCAUCGAUAUGCAGGGCAUGCCCGCAGCCAUAGCGGCGCCGGAGGGCAAUCGACGGGGCUCGAUCAAGGAGCUAAGCGAACGUUUCAUACAAAAGGAGUCGUUGCUGGCCGACGAGGAGACCGAGGACAGCGAAUCGAAUGAUGUGUGCAGCGUCAUCGAGCUGGAGGCACCACAGAUGCGUCAGCAUCAAACCAGCAGCACCACACGCACCAGCUCCAGCACACGCUCCUUUCUCAAUACCAGCGGCGAGGAGCGAGCUGUGAGCAGCGUCGAUGAUGUCCUCGAACGCAUGCGCAAUGCCGACAAUGUGGUGGAACCGGGCGACAGCGCUGAGGACAGCGAGGCACGUGCUCUGCUUAACAAAUUCCUUGGCGCGAGCGUCAUCAUGCAGGGCGUCGAGACCAUGUUGCCGGCGGGUCAGCGACAGCAACAGCUGUCGAGGGGCAAUAUCAACAGCAACAGCAGCCAAGCGGUGAAAACAACGCAGCAACAGCGCAGCAGCAGCAGCAGCAGCGGCGGCGGCGGCACACGAAAGACAACAACAUCCUCAGCACCAGUUACACGCACAACUUGUGACAUCGAGGAAAUUUGGGACGAGCAAUUACUUAGGCAAUUGCUGGAACAGGCGUCCACGUACGAGGAGCGUCGCAAGAUCCGUGCACGUUUACGCGAACUUAUGGCGGAACGCGAAGAGCAAAAAGUUGUUAAGGCAGGCGGAGAAAACUCCGCUGGCAAAGCAGCGGAAGAAGAGAGCAGCGCCAGCGAAUAUGAGGAGAUAAUUGAGGAGGUAACUGACGACAGCAGCGACGAGGAGGAGCAGCCACAGCAGCAGAAGCCAGAGAAGGAGAAGGAAAAGGAAAAGGAGAAGGAAAAGGAGAAGGAAAAGGAAAAGGAAAAGCCAACCAAGGAGAUUGAACAAAAGUUGGCCAAAGUUGAGCUCAGCAAGCAGCAGCCGUUGGUGCAAGUGGAUGGGGCACAGGCACAACACAAGCAACAAAGCUCAACGACCAGCGAACGCACCGAGACGAAAUCAAAAGAUGGCGGCGCAAUUGUCACCACAACAACAACAAAAGUUACCACACGCACUGUGAGCGGCAGCGCUGCCAACAACAAGAACAUUUCGCCGCUGGCCAAAUUCAAGCAGCUCGAUAAGGCUGCCCAGCAGCAGCAGGCUCAAAAAUCAUCUCCAACAACAAGCACACCCACGACCCCCGGCGGUUCAGCACAACCGUUAUUCAAAUUUACCGAUCCGGCAUUAAAUGCGCGCGCCGCCACUGUCAAGGAUCAACUUCUGCAGUGGUGUCAGCACAAAACGCAGGAAUAUGAGAACGUCCAAAUAAGCAACUUUAGCUCGAGCUGGUCCGACGGCUUGGCCUUUUGUGCGCUGAUACAUCAUUUCUUGCCAGAUGCAUUUGACUACAGUCAACUAACCAAACAAACUCGCAAACACAACUUUGAGCUGGCCUUUAGCGUAGCUGACGAAAAAGCUGGCAUUGCGCCUUUGCUGGAUGUGGAAGAUAUGGUUGAGAUGAGUCGACCCGAUUGGAAAUGUGUCUUUGUCUAUGUACAGAGCAUCUAUCGUCGUUUUCGCAACUGCCAGUAAAAUCAGCAAACAACAACAGUAGCAGCAUCAGCAGCAGCAGCUAAAGGGCAAACCAACUAUUCAUUAAAU